UCUCAGGAAAAGGCCACGAGUCAUUCGUCCGUCCUCAGUUCCUGCACCGCUCGGUUUAUAGCAGCUCUUCUGUCUACUUGGUCGAGAUCCACGCCAUUCGCUAUGUUUCCAACGGUGCAAGUGCUGCUACUCUACCUCGUCGUUGAAGGCUACGGGCUGAACCACCCGUCGAAUCAGGCUGGAUUCCAGGGUGCCGGCUUCGGCGGCUACAGUGCUCCCGCUGUUCCUUACCAAGGAUACAAUGCCUACAAAUCUCCACCCCAGCCGUACAACUUCGGCUACGACAAUCUGGACGAGUACGGCAAUCGACAGUUCCGCAGUGAGCAGGGCGACUCCAAAAACGCGAAGACCGGCUCGUACGGCUACCGCGACGUGAACGGCCUCUAUCGGCGUGUAAACUACGUCGCAGAUGCGUACGGCUUCCGGGCCACCGUGGACACCAACGAACCGGGCACCGCCCGUGGAGCGAGCGCCGACGCCGUUUUCAACGCUGCACCAGUGGUGCCCCCAGUUCCCUCAGGAACUGCCCAGAGUGGUGCACCUACAGCCUCUGCGGCUAGGGUGGUGGCACCUUACAACGCUGGUGGCUACACCAGUUACGGCAAAUACAACUCCUACGCAGGCGCUGCUGGAGCCUACGGAUACGCUCCGUUCGGACGUCAGGGAUACCCUGCUAGCAGUCCAGCACGCGGUGGAUACGCUUACGGCAGCGAACCUGCCUACAGCUACGGUGCCGCCGGCUACGCAUAGGGUUACGCAGCGGGUGUCACCGGAGCACCUGCCAUUUACGGGAGCUGACCUUCCACUCAUUAUGGCUACCGCCGCCGCUAAUGCAUGUCCCUCAGCCACGUGAGA